GCUACUGCUGGCUAGCUUUUGCCUUUGCGUUAGUUAACGUCAUAUUGAUAAUGUCAGCCCAAAGUGUGCAAGUGAUGUUUUAUCAGUGAAAACAUAUUGUGUGGUACUCAACAACAGACUUCAAAUUAGUUCCCCCUUUAGGAAGUUUUAUAAACUGUCUAGGUGUUAUUUUGUAAAUCAAUCUGGCACUUGCGCUUUCUUAUCGUCUGAUUUGAAGUAGGACUAGCCUACAUGACAACUGAUCGCUUGUAGAAGGAGGACAAAUUGAAGACAUCAGUGUGUAAUAAAUAUAGGCCUAUUAAUUUCCAAAGAAACAUUAUAACCAAUCACCGCAGACAAUCUUCGAGCUCUAAGCAGGCUAGGCAUUUGAAGCCUAAGCCCUUAAAAACUAAAUGAUAUCCCUCAUCGGCCUUGGUGACCACCCUUCUGUGUCCAUACAUUGAAUCAUGUCAAAAAAUAAAUUAAACCUCACAUUACCUCCGGGAUCAGUUGAUACAGUUAAUGUUGUUUCACCUUCUGCAACAGUAGCUAUUGAUACCGAGUAAGUAGUUAUCUUUGUAUAGUAACAGACUAAUAAAAUUAAAUUGUGUCCUGGUAAUGGAAUAAGGUUAACAGAAUUUUUUGUCAAGUACGUAGUGUAGUGUCAGAUAUUGAGAAUCAGUUAAAGCUAGGCCAUUCAAGCCUAAGCCUGACGGACUUAGAUGAUUUCCCUCAGCGCCUAUGGUGUCCACCCUCCUGUGAUGAUUUAUUGAAUCAUGCCAAAAAAUAAAUUAAACCUGACAUUACCUCCGGGAUCGAUUGAGCAAGUUGACGUUGUAUCACCUUCUGCAUCAGUUGCUAUUGAUAUGGAGAAGCAGAAUAAUGAACCAGUGUCAGCCGGUGCUAAAAGAUGGUCACCCCGUGGCAAGCCUCAGUUGAAUCUGACGCCACGAAACACCGCCUUUAGUGAGUCCGUAUCGGUCAAGCCACCACCAAUAAAUAGGCACAGUUCUCUCUGUGGCAAAUCAAGCAUCGAGAUACUCCAGGAGCGACUAGAGGAGCUGGGGAUGGACGAUACACAGAGGAAGAGGAUGGAGUUCUUCCUCUGUCAGAAGGAGAAGAUCGGAGAGUUGACGGACGACGACCUGGAGAAGCUGGGGGAGUUGGGUGCCGGCAACGGAGGAGUAGUGAUGAAAGUGCGGCACAUACCUAGCGGACUCAUAAUGGCUAGGAAAUUAAUUCAUCUGGAGGUAAAGCCAGCAAUCAAAAAACAGAUCAUCCGAGAGCUGAAAGUGCUUCACGAGUGCAAUUUCGCUCACAUAGUAGGAUUUUAUGGAGCAUUUUACAGUGAUGGAGAAAUCAGUAUCUGUAUGGAAUACAUGGACGGAGGUUCACUAGAUCUAAUAUUGAAGAAAGCUGGACGAAUUCCUGAGAAUAUUUUGGGGACUAUUACAUCGGCGGUGUUGAAAGGCCUCAGCUACUUGAGGGACAAGCAUGCGAUCAUGCACAGAGAUGUCAAACCUAGCAACAUUCUGGUCAACAGCGCUGGCGAGAUUAAAAUUUGUGAUUUUGGUGUUUCGGGUCAACUUAUCGACUCGAUGGCCAACAGUUUUGUAGGAACACGGUCGUACAUGUCGCCAGAGAGACUACAAGGCACACACUACUCAGUACAGAGUGACAUCUGGUCUCUAGGACUGUCUCUGGUAGAGAUGGCCAUUGGCAUGUAUCCCAUUCCUCCUCCGGACGCCAAGACUCUGGCGGCCAUCUUUGGACCUAACAGCAACAGAGAGGGUGACCCUUCGUCACAAGCAAAUGGAAACGGGCCCCGCCCCAUGGCCAUUUUUGAGUUGUUGGACUACAUUGUCAAUGAACCUCCUCCCAAGCUGCCUUCAGGGAUUUUCUCUGACGAGUUCAAAGACUUUGUAGAUCGGUGUUUGAAGAAAAACCCUGCGGAGCGGGCAGAUCUUAAAACCUUAAUGAACCACGAAUGGAUAAGACGAGCUGAAAGUGAUGACAACGACAUUGCUGGUUGGGUGUGCAAAACAAUGGGUUUGACUCCUACCACUCCCACGCGUACCAACCCUCCUUCUUGAAUCACUACAGCUUAGACUUCUCAGUUGGACCCCAACCUGGCAUUAUAAACCUAAAUAUUUCAUUUUGAAAACUUACUAGAGUAAUUCAACGGACAAGUCAUUAAUAAUUUCUUCUAAUCUUAGAUCACUUGAUGUGACGUUUUGUUAAUGAGUAAACAUGUUCCAAAAUAUAAUUCUGCAAAGGAAAA